AUGACAAGAGAAUCCAAGCUUAUUACUGUAAUUGGAGCGACGGGCAUCCAGGGAGGGUCAGUCAUUGCGGCUGCCCUGAAAUCUGGUGACUGGAAGAUCCGCGGAGUUACUCGCAAUGUCAACAGUGACGCAUCCAAGGCGCUGGCCUCGAAAGGAGUCGAGAUGGUUAUUGCAGAUUGGAACGAUGAGAGCACCUUAGCGAAGGCAUUUGAGGGUUCAUAUGCUAUUUAUGCCGUUACUGAUUACUGGGCUGGCUUCAUGACUCAGAGCGUCGAAGAACUGAUUGAGAUUGAAGCUAGGCAAGGCAUCAAUCUUGCUAAGGCAGCUUCUCAGACAUCCUCUCUGAAGCACUUCGUAUGGAGUACUGUUCCCGACCAUGUAAAGAUCUCGGGCGGCAAACAUUCUAUACCUCACUUCGAGGGAAAACUAAAGGUCGAUGAAUUUAUCAAACAAGACAAAGAUCUACUUAGCAAAACCACCUUCCUAUGGGUUGGAUACUACGGGACAAACAUCGUUCUGCCUAUGAUUGUCCCAAAUCUUCUCAAAACAUGCGGGAAAUAUGUCCAACUUUUCCCGGUCUCAGACGACACGCCUAUCACAACAGUGGGCGACCCGAAAGUCAACAUUGGCAUCUACACACUCGCCAUCUUCAACCAACCUCAGCUCACAAUUGGCAGGAUUGUUCUGGCGCAGUCUGAGACCAAAACAACUCGUGAAAUUAUCGAUCUGUGGUCCCAGGUUUCAGGAAAGCCUGCUGACUAUAUCCAAGUUCCACUUGAUCACUAUGAUAAUCUAUGGUCCAAGUGGGGACGAGAGGUUGGUCUUAUGUUGCAAUUCUGGGAGACAGCCCGUGAGAAGAGCUGGACCGCCGAUGAACCCGUUCUGACAAAGGAAGACUUGAAUAUUUCUGGUCUGAUUGGGAUGAAGGAGAUUUUCAAUUCUCUUGAGUGGUCUUGA